GUCGCGGACCAGUUAGGCUCGUGCUUUCGAGCCGCCAGCACCGGUUGAUUCUCUUCUAAUCUUUGACGAUCGCGAACCAACCGUGACUUCGUAUUCCAGAGUACUCGAGUACGUGGAGUGUCUUUCCUUUUUUACUUGGCAGGUGGUAGCGGAUAUUCGACGAAGAAACUAGCCCCUUCUCUGGACCCACGAUAGCCUCGAUAACAGCUCCUGACCACGAAUUAAAUCACUCUCUAACACGGUUUCUAUUACCUUCGAUACCUAUACAAAGACGGAAGAAAGAACGGUACACAGAAAAAUCCAAAUUAAGCUCGUGCCGCUACCACGUUGCACAAGAUGUACCAGGGUCAACACGGUCUACUUCCUCCACCUUGUCGCGGGGAAGAACGAACCUUGCAACGAGCAAAUUGCGCGUGUGACAUUUAACGAGGAAGAUAGGGACGCGCUUCGAUGCGAUACCAAACGAGACAGGAUGACUCGUCGAACGCUCGCGCAUUUUGGCACCGUCGUCGACGAACGAUGCCAGCUGUUGAAUCCCAAAUCUAUCGAGUACACCUGGACGAAGGCUGAAUAAAAUGUAACGAGAACUCGAAAGAGCUACGCGAGCCUCGGCAUUGUUUCCGACAACGUAUUCGCGCCACGUCCGAAUUCCGAAACUCGACCAAGAAUCGAAAUCGUCGAAGAUGAGAUCGUGCGAGAGCCUAACGACGAUCGUCUUCGUCCUGUUGCUGUCCGUCGUGAAGAGUGUGAGAGACUUUCCUGGUUCUUACUGCGCUGCCAAGUAUCCCUCGGGCAGAUGUUGUCCGGGACGUCAGGACGAGUGCAACGCCCCGAUACACAACACGUUAUGCUACUGCGACGAUUUCUGCAACCGAAGUAGCGACGACGAUUGCUGUCCAGACUUCUGGAGUCACUGCGGAGGAGUCAACGUCACCACAACGUCGGCUCCUGAAGAAAUAAGAAGAUGCUUCUUCCAGGGGAGGUACUACAACAUCAACGAAACCUUGAAAGACAACUGCAACAAAUGUAAAUGCAUCCCAAUGGGCAGAGACGCUACAGUGUACUGCGAGAAGGAUCGGUGCCUCGUGGAUGAUCCUGACAAUAUAUUUUGGGGCACAAAGCUCGAAGAAGCCAAGUUUUUCUUGGGUUGCGACGAGCCGUCGGAAAUAUUCAAACAGAUGAAAUGUAUUCGACGUAUUUUUGAUCCUGACAUACUGCCACGGGAAUUCGACGCCAGGAAGCAUUGGCCAGGUUACAUUUCCGGUGUCGUAGACCAAGGAAAGUGUAGCUCAUCCUGGGUGAGAAGUGUCGCGAGUAUAGCAUCCGAUAGAUUCGCUAUCAUGAGCAAGGGCGUCGAGAGGGUCGAUCUUAGCGCACAACACUUAAUCUCGUGCAACAUGAAAAACAAAGGAUGCGAAAAAGGACAAACGGAAAUAGCGUGGAAAUUUGUCAAGAAGUUCGGCUUGGUCGACGAAGCAUGCUAUCCGUAUACGAGCGGCAAUGGGAUCGCCGAGAGAUGCAAACUGGAAAGGAAUACCACCUUGAAGGAAGCUGGUUGCGCACCUCCACCGAAUCCACUUCGAACAGAACUGUACAAAGUUGGACCUACGUAUCGUUUGUGUAACGAGAACGACAUUAUGUACGAUAUCUUAACGUGGGGCCCCGUGCAAGCUAUCAUGAUGGUCUAUCGUGAUCUGUUUAACUACGUUGCGGGUACAGUGUAUAGACACGAUCGAAGUCUGGAGAACGACGAAAUUGAGUUACAUGCGGUGAGGAUAAUCGGAUGGGGUGAAGAAUCGUCUUUCGAAGAAUCGCGUAAAUUCUGGUUGGUCACGAACUCUUGGGGUGAAAAAUGGGGCGACAGGGGCCUGUUUAAAAUCGAAAGAGGCACGAACGAAUCCGGAAUCGAGAUGUACGUCGUGGGUGCAUAUGCGAAAACCAUCUAGAGGACCAAUGUUCCAUCGUUCGAAGUUCGUUGCUCGCCGUUCGCCAAAGAAUUUCGCGACGGACAGUGAAUUUAUCGACUCGUCGUCGUUCCGUCGCGACGGGCGUCUCGACGUUAUCGAUGCGCGGAAUCACGUACAAACAUGAAUCGAUAAGUAUUCGUGGACAAUUAAAAACCGGGCGUCCUUUUCGCGAUGAGGCCAAGCGGUCAUUUAAUCUCGCAAUAACCUUCGUAUCCGUCGUUUCUAUUGAAAAUGCGAUUGGAAUAAUUCGUACAUUCUAAUCGCACGUAUAUAUAUUUGCGUGUUUGUAUAGAAUAAAGUGCCAAAAUACACGUGUGUUUAUAAAUAAAUUGGUCUGAGAAGAGUUUCACGCGACGAGUGGACGCGCGAAACGGAAUGCGAAUAUACGAUUAGGGUGACGGUGAUCCAUUUUGGCGCCGGGUCGUUUCUAUCGAUUGUCGCUUGUACCUAUAAACA